AAAGGGUAUAUUAUUGGGCUCUUCGUAAUUCUGCAACACAAGCUUCUCGUAAGAUGAUGGAAUGGAAACCUCACAAUAAAAACUAAGGCGAUAACGUUAGAACUUUAUCUUCUGUGUUUAUCUUCUCGUUCCUGGAAGUUAGAACUCUAUCUUCUGUGUUUGAUAAAAAAAGGAUAAGGUAAUAACGAACUUACCUAUCAUGUUCCCACCUUUGUUUUGUAUGUAAAAAAAUUUCCGAUCAAGAGGUCGGAACUUGAAAAGGGAAGUUUAUAUCAAAACUUCCCCCCGAUAAAAUUGUGCCCUAGGGUUUACAUAGCCGCUCAGCCACCCCUCACUUCGCAAUUAGCCGCUCAGCAAAACAGCAGCUCCACUGCAAAAGUUUUCUCUCGCUCUUUCUUCCCAGUAAAGUAAGCGUCUCGCCCAGUACUAUUUGCGGCCUUGCAACCUCAACAAGUACCUCCAAUCAUAGAGCUCCGGCAUGACAGUAGGGCUCCAGUACUGUGUAAAGUGCAGUUCGGCAAUUGCAAAUGGCGGUCCAGCAGUUGCAAAGGGCGGCCCGAUAGUAGAUGUUAUUGGAUUACAAGACUCCGACACUAUGUAAAGGGCGGUCCGACAGUAAUCAGUUUCAGUCCGAUAGUUGUCUUAGAGCGGUCCGGCAUUGUGCGCUCGGGCAAUGUGAUGGUGCGCUUCUACGAGGUCCAAAAGUCAACGUCAAAUCUGGUCAAAGUGAUUUUUAUGUACGGAAAAGGCAUUUCUGUCUAAAAAAAUAAACUUUUUCCCCUGGGGGUAUUUCCACAAAAAGUUUGUUGUGGGGAAAAAGUGAGAGAGAAAUUAAGUUCGGGGUAAGUUGCAUAGAAGGUGUCGUCUUGGGGGUUUUUUGUAAUUUUUGCUUUUAUAAUCUUUCUGCAAAUUGAAGCCCCUCGUUCAGGAUCACCAUCGAGGAAACCCUAGAAAGAUCAUCGUCUCUUAACAAACAGGUGUCUUUGGUGUCGUGACCACAGCUAUAGUCUCUAAUGGGUAAAAAUGACUUCCUCACUCCUAAGGCCAUUGCCAACAGGAUCAAAGCCAAAGGCCUCCAAAAGCUUCGCUGGUAUUGCCAGAUGUGUCAGAAGCAAUGUAGAGAUGAAAAUGGCUUCAAGUGCCAUUGCAUGAGCGAGAGUCACCAACGCCAAAUGCAGGUCUUUGGCCAGAACCCAAAUCGAAUUGUCGAUGGGUAUUCAGAGGAGUUUGAGAGAGCGUUCAUGGAGCAUAUGCGUCGCUCCCACCGUUUUAGCAGAGUUGCUGCAACCGUGGUGUACAAUGAGUACAUAGCAGAUCGACACCAUAUUCACAUGAAUUCAACACAGUGGGCAACUCUAACUGAGUUUGUCAAAUACCUUGGAAGAACUGGUCAAUGUAAGGUUGAAGAGACCCCAAAGGGCUGGUUCAUGACCUAUAUUGAUAGAGACUCGGAGACAUUGUUCAAGGAGAGGCUCAAAAACAAGAGGCUUAGAUCUGAUGCAGCAGAGGAAGAGAAGCAAGAGAGAGAAAUUAUGAAGCAGAUUGAAAGGGCUGAGCAGUUCAUUCCUAAAUCCCAAGAACCGAAUGAAACUCUAAAAUUGCAAAGAGAGGAGAAGCCAUCUGGUGAUGGAAAGGUGGCAUUUUCUCUUGGGAGUGGCGGGAAUGGGGAGAGCUCCAAGCCAAACAAUGUUUUGGGACCAUUGUCUGAAGAGGAUGUACCAGAGAAAAAAUCUACUAAAAAUAGACCUGAACCAUCAAAAGGAUCUGUUCUUGCUGAUUUGAUGAAAGAGCAAGAGAAAGCUAAGGAGAAAUUGAACAGGAAAGAUUACUGGCUAUGUGAAGGAAUUAUUGUGAAGGUUAUGAGCAAAGCUUUGGCUGAGAAGGGGUAUUAUAAACAGAAGGGGGUUGUUAUAAAGGUUGUGGACAAAUAUGUUGGUGAAAUCAAGAUGCUUGAUAGUGGCCAUGUUCUUAGAGUGGACCAAGAGGAGUUAGAGACUGUGAUACCCCAAAUUGGGGGUCUUGUAAGGAUUGUUAAUGGAGCUUAUCGCGGCUCAAAUGCUCGUUUGGUUUCAAUAGACAAAGAGAAUUACUGUGCAAAGGUGCAGAUUGAGAAGGGUAUUUAUGAGGGAAGGGUUUUACGAGCAGUUGCUUAUGAGGACUUUUGCAAAGUAAUGCAAUGAACUUGUCAAUACAUUUCGUUGUGGGUUUUUUUCUUUUCUUUUUUUCUUGGCCGAAAAGCCAACUUUCUUUUUCUUUGAAAUGAAAUGUUCUAAAGUUUAUUUGAAAUGAAAAUCCUGAUGUGCAUUUUCUUAUUGAA